ACUUUUUAGUUAAAGCCGCUGUCUCGCAGGCACACACACACAUACACGCGCGCUCACGCAACCCUGCUCUCCGUUUCGUGAACUCCCUUCGAAGAGUCCUGAUGGCCCGGCGGUGUUUUUCCAGGACGGGAGCACCUGGCGCUCCAGCCUUGCUGCUCUGCGCGGUGCUCGCUCUGCUUCCCUCCGACUCAGGUAGCUCUACAGUACAGACAGCUGUAAACAUAACUUGGUCAUCAAUCAAUUUUAAGACUGUGCUCCGCUGGGAUCCAAAACCAGUUGGUUAUGUUUAUACAGUUGAAAUGGACGGGUAUCUCUUAAUACGAGAUAAAGUAUGCAUUCAUACAGAUAAAACUGUAUGUGAUGUUACUAAGGUGACACUUCAGAAUUUAAAAGAUACUUACGUGGCACGCAUAUAUUCUGAAAUACCAUAUGAUGGAGAUAAUUUGGAAACACCUCCAUAUGAAAUUUCUUCAGAGUUUGUACCUUACACCCAAACUGAGCUUGGAACACCAACCAUAACACAUUUUGAACAAAAAGAUGGAAAACUGAAAGUGGAAGUAGCUGAUCCACUAACACCGUAUAUAGUUAACGGUACUUCGCAAACUAUCAGGGACAUAUUCAAAAAUGAUCUGGAAUACGUGUUACACUACUGGAAGGAUCAGAGCACUGGCAAGAAAUCAGCAAAGACGAAAACCAAUCAAUUUGUAGUUGAUGUUGAUAAAGGGAAGAGCUAUUGUUUCUCUGUUCAGGCUAAUAUUCCAAGCCGCUUAACUAACCAGAACAGUCAAGAAAGCCGUGUAAAAUGUACCAGUGUUAACAGGGAAGACUUGGAUGCUCUAGAUUUGGACAAAAUCCUCAUAAUAGUAGCUGCUGCUGUCGGAGUCCUCAUUCUGAUUAUUGUUUUAUCCGUGGUGAUAUACAAGUGUAAAAAAGCAAAGAGCAGAUCAUCAGAAAAAGAAAACAUGCCUCCAAAUUUGUAAGGACUAAACACUUAGCCCUGAUUGAUCAAAAUGCUUGAUAUGCAUUAAUGUUGCAAUGAUGCUGUGGUGGGGGGGGGGAAACCUCUCUGGAAGCAAUAAUAACUGACUCUUCGUUGUACAGACAUUUAUGGUUUCUGUGAAACAUCUGAUUUUAAAACACUAUUUGAAACUCCUGUUUUAACUUCACUGUUAAAAUAAUGAGAACUGUUUGAAAUAUAUUAACUGACAUAUAUGAUGAAACGUUACUGUUUCUACUGCACUUUUGGUAGCAUCUUUUUAUAUUGGGUGUUCUGGGUACAUUAACUGGUGAUAAAACCAUAGGAAUGAAUUUUUAGCAGUCUGAUUUUGCAUAAAAGGUAUGGUACAAAUUGCCCUUAAACGUUAGAAUAUAUUGCAAGAAAAUAACUGAUAAAAGGGAAAGAUUCCCUUGAGCUGAACUUGACAAUUGACCAUGGAAGUGGUUCAGAAAUGCCUUUCUUGGGCAGAUAUCUGGCAAUAAGUCUUAAAUAAUUAUUCCAUUUUAAUCAAAACUGUGUCAACUAUUUCGGCUGGUAACGUGUUGUUGGCUGCCAUUGCCAGAACUUAGCACUUUAAAUAUGUAUUGGUAAUUAACUGCUGGACAGAAAGAAAUCUUAACUUUUUAAUAAUUCUGUAUAAGUGUAAAUACAGGUGAUGUGAAUUGAGGCUCUUUGUGGUACUAUAAUAACUUAUUUAUGAUUUUUAUGAAUGAAAGUAUAUUUGUAUAUAUUGCAUUUAUUUAUUUAAUAUAAUAAAGGUAAAUGGGGACUACAGAA